CCCAAUUUCGUAAAAUCCUCUCUCUCUCUCUCUCCCUGAUGGCUAUGGCGGUAGUAUUGGCAGCAAGGCCGGCACGUUCGUCGGCUUUUUUGGCCAUCAGUCGCGGACGGGAAAAGUGGGUUCUGUUCAAGCCACUGGCUGCCUCCUACUCUGCUCAACCCUUGUCUUCUUCUUCGUCUUCGGAAUCGAGGAAGCUCAUUCUCUACUCGAAGCCCGGCUGCUGUUUGUGCGAUGGCCUGAAAGAAAAGCUCCACGCAGCUUUCUCUCUAUCCGCCGCAGACGCCCUCCACGACGUCGAUUUGGAGAUAAGGGAUAUAACUACGAAUACUGAGUGGGAGAGGGCUUACCAGUACGAGAUCCCUGUUUUGGCCAGAGUCUUGCCUGAUGGCACCGAGGAGGUGCUUCCAAGGUUUUCUCCUCGCCUUGGGGUUGAACUCAUCCAAAAGAAACUAGCUGCAGCAUUAAAGCAAUGAGAUGUUUCCAGCAAUUUUCAUCUAUAUAUCCAGUAAAAGGUAACAUUUUUGUUUUUGAAAUGUCACCUCAAAGGAAGACUCAUCAAAUCUACAAAGUGAUUGUUAAAUGCUUUUGUACCAUUCUCCACCUUAAAUGACAAAUAGAAUGAGUUUUAUUUAACAGACCAUUUGAUACUCUCUGCUCCAGCCACAAUCUGUGUCAAUUUUGUUUUAGGCAAAAUUAGGCUUGUGCAUGUUGAUAGAGAAUUGUGAAGCCCAGCAUAAGAAGCUUAAUUCAUUCUCUUGCCGAAAGUGCCAUUGAGUGUUGUCAGAAUGAUACAUGUCAAAUGAUGUUUUUGCUUAUGUGAGUUGAUAUGAUGGGUUUUA